AUGCCUGCGGUAGAUGUGGCUAUGAGGAGGAGUGUAGGGGAAGGGUUCUUGGACUUGCUGGCUCGCGCGAUUCAUCCGGCUCUCGUGCGGAGAAAUCUUGAGGGACAGAUUGGAGAUGUCCGGGCAACAUUCGCCAGUUGGGACAGCUGCAUGGCGGAAUCCUAUUGCAAAUGGUUAGUAAUCGGGCUCAUGAUUCUUGGGGGUAUCAUCAUUUUCUCCGUGCUAUGGUGCAUCAUUCGCUGCGCGUGCUGCGCCAAAUCAUGUUGCUGCUCGUGCUUCAAGUGUCUCCAGUGCUGCGGUAAUUGCUGCGGGUGCUGUGACCCUCCAAGGGGGGACCGAAGGCAGUAUCUUGACGAGCCGUACAUCCCGCCAAAUCAGGGUUACAAGUCGCAGGAGCCUAUGCACCUUGGGUAUGACAGUCGCCCUACUGCACCCCCUGUUUUUAGUGGCGGCGGCGGUGGUGGUGGUGGUGGUGGAUAUGCCGCUUCGACGGGCGUAACAGGCAAACCCCAAUAUGCUGAAUUCGAUGUCAGCAAGAACAAGCCUGGAAAUGAAGAUGCACUUCCCGAGAUGCCGAGCUGGGAAGGUGCGGAGAGCAAGAAGAUCGUGUUGGAACAGGAGGAGGAGGCCGUGGAGAUGAACCAGUUAAAGAAGCCCGAAGCCAACUCACCAAACGCGCACAGCCCGACCAUGAUGAAUGGAGUGGCUGCGGCGGGUGCGAUACCUGGGCGUGGUUCUACGAGCCCGAACCCGGGGAACAGAAGCCCUUACGGACCACCAGGCGCUGGAGCACAAUCUAAUGGAUACUGCCCUCCAGGGGCUGUGGCUAACGAUCCAUACAACCAGAUUGCGCAGAGUUACAACCAGCCAGCGGGUGGUUAUGGACAGCCGGGUCAAGGGUACGGUAUGGCUCCAGGUGCAAACGGACCAGGUGCAGUGGGAAUAGGUGCAAUCGGACCAGGACGCAGGUCUCCUGGCAGCGUUGGCGGCGGGUAUAAUACUGGGUAUGACAACAAUGACUAUGGACAGCCGGGCUACGGACAACAGGGCUAUGGACAGCAACAGCAAGGUGUGACACCUCGGCAGACGGGACAGGGUGGUGGAUAUGACAACUAUGGCGACAUCUACGACAGCUACGGCACUGGGACGAAUAAACCGUAUGGUGGCGCUCAGGAACUGGACGCUGGCAGCUAUGGGCAACCCCCAUCAGCACAAGCAGCUGCUGGACCUCAGGCGGGUUAUGGAGGUGCCUAUGGCCAAGGCCAAAGACGGACACCUGGCCCUCAAGCCGAUGCAGGGUAUGGCAACCCCAACCAAAGACGGACACCCGGACCCCAGAGUGAUUACAACAAUGGCUACGGUGGAAGCCCAAGACGCACCCCUGCGCCUCAGGAUAGCUACGGCGGCGGGGGUUAUGAUGUUCCCGCCCCAGCAUAUGGCAGCAGUCAGGACAGACGGUCGCCUGGUCCCCAGCAAGGAUACGGCCGCCCACCCCCAAAUAGACAAUACUCGUCGUCUGACUCUCGCGGUCCACAACGUCAGUACUCGGGCAACGACGUGAGCUUGUCCUCCGACAACAUGGGAGGGUUUGAUUUCGGCACAGGCUACAGCCGUCCACCACAACAGCAGCAACAACCAAGCAGCGGAUACGGCCGUCCUCCACAAGCACAGCAGAGCAGUGGAUACAGGCAACCGACGACUCCCGUAGUGGAGGAGCAGAGCGCGGCGUACCCGGGGUAUAAGCCUUAUUCACCUGGACCUCCCCAUUGA